AUGAGGAAGCAUCUGGGAGCAAGGUGGUUGGCCAUUGCCUUUGUCUUAUUCGUAGGCCAUCUCUCUGUGGUCUCCGCAAGAGGCAUAAAGCAUAGAAUCAAGUGGAACCGCAAGGCCUUGCCAAGCACCGCCCAUGUCACCGAGGCCCAAGUCACCGAGACUCGCCCGGGAGCCUUCAUCAGGCAUGGCCGAAAGCUCAAUAUUGACUUCGGAGCAGAGGGCAAUAGGUACUAUGAGGUCAACUAUUGGCAGUUCCCUGAUGAAAUCUACUAUGACGGCUGCUCAGAGGCCAACGUGACCAAGGAGGUGUUUGUCACCAGCUGCAUCAACACCACCCAGGCGGCGAACCAGGAGGAGUUCUCGCGGGAGAAACACAACAACAAGCUUUACCAGCGCAUCCUGUGGCGGCUCAUCAGGGAACUUUGCUCCGUCAAGCACUGCGAUGUUUGGCUGGAAAGGGGAGGAGGGCUUCGGGUCAGCCUGGACCAGCCGGUGAUGCUCUGUCUGCUGGUUUUCAUUUGGUUUAUAGUAAAAUAA